AUGUUGAGUCAAUCGAUACAACAAACUCAAGACCUAUUACAAUUAAAAAUAAAGCGCAUAGCAAUCGAUUUUGAUGGACGUCUCGGUUCAUUAUAUGAUGGAUGUCAAGAUCAGUUACUUGGAACAUUGGAUAUAAAUUUCGAACAAUCAUCAAUUCAAUUUUAUCAUAAAACACGAUGUAUUCUUGAAAAAGGUGAUAAAAAUCAUAAACGAAAUCUUCUUGAAUUAAUUAAUAUAGAUGAACAAUUACGAUUAAGUCUAUUACUUAAUUUAACAUCAACAAAUGGAAUAGCUGAAAUUAUUAAUUAUCCAUAUAUAAUAAAUGAAUACACUCGUAUAUUACAUUAUUCUUAUAUUCAUCGAGAAGAAGGAUUUCCUGAUGAAAUAGAAAAAAUACGAGAACGACUCGAAUCUUGUUUAACUAAAACAAAUGCUACUCAUAUUAUUACUAGUAUUUGUUGGGGAAUUGAUAUUGUUAUUAUUUUACAACUUCCACCCGAAGAUAAUAUUGUUUCUAUGAUUGAUGUUAUACUUGAAAAAUAUCGAGCAUACUUAAAUGGUGAUUGUAAUGAUUUUAAACUAACUCGAGAUGAUGUUAAUUCAUAUAAACAUAUUAUUAAUACAACAAUUUAUUCGAAUAUACCAGCUAUAACUGAAAUGACAACCUUACAUAAUAUAUUUCAUAGUAUUUGUCGUUUAAAAACGGAUGAUACUCAAUAUCAACAAUUGUAUUAUAUUCUUUGUCCUAUAUCAAAUUCAAGUUAUAUUCAUUUAGAUUCAAUAAAGAAUAAUCAUUUGGAACAAUAUUUAUAUGAAUUAUCAACUUCUAUGAAAAUUAUCGAAACAUGUUUUAAUGAAGAUAUGCCAAAUCUCUUAUGUGGACAUUUUAAAGAACGUUUUUCUAAUGUAUAUAAACAAUGGUUAGAUAUUAAAAAUGAAUAUGUAAAUCUAAUUGAACGAUUAUCUAAAUUAGUAAUUGAAAUUCGUUGUGGUCAAAAUCAAACAUCAAUAUUAGAUAAGUUUCUUAAUCAUAAAGCACAAAUAAUUUUCAAAAAUAAUAUUUCUAAUUUAUUUCAACAUGUAAUUGAUCUUAAUAAAAAAGGACACUUAAUCAGUGAUUUAAGUCGUCUAAAUAUACAAUAUUGUAAUGUUAUUGAACGAAAAGUUGAUAAGAAUGAUAAUGAAGAUACAAUGAAACGUAAAUUAAUAAUUGAUGAAAAUACGGAUCGAAUUUUAUGUUCUAAUGAUUUGUUAAAUAAAAAUAAUCCAAUACAAUAUAAAAAAUUACUUAAUGAUUUAAUUAAUGAACUUGAAAAUAAUGUUAGAUUACGUCUUAUCUAUGCUGAUUUUUCUUAUUGUACAUAUGAAUUACGUGAUAUGAUAAUUUUAACAUCGAUUAAAAAUGAUUAUAAAAAAAAUAAAUCAAAAUAUAAAGAAAUUUCAUCAUUUAUAGAUAAUAAUAAUAAUAAUAAUUCAACAUCACCACUAACAAGAACAUCUUUACCUAUUUCAUCAUCAUCGUCAAAAUUAUCAUUAACUGAUUCAAUUAAUAUUCUUCUUCUUGGUGAAACAGGUAUUGGUAAAUCUACUUUUAUUAAUGCUCUGGUCAACUAUCUUACAUAUAAAACAUUUGAUAAAGCACAAACUGAGAAACCUAUUGUAGCUAUGCCUGUUUCGUUUCGUAUUACUACUGAGGAUGAUUUGCAAGAACAUAAUGUUAAAUUUGAUGAUGUGAAUAAGUCAAGUAGUGAGAAUUUUCAACAUCCUGGCCAUUCGGUUACACAACGUUGUCGAUCACAUAUUUAUCGUCUUCAUAAUAGUGAUGAAACAAGAUUACGUUUUAUUGAUACACCUGGUUUUGGUGACACACGAGGUAUUGAACAAGAUAAUCUUAAUAUGCAACAUAUUAUAGAAUAUAUAAAAAAUUUCAAAUACUUAAAUGCUAUAUGUAUUUUACUUAAACCAAAUGAAUCAAGAUUGAAUAUAUUUUUUCGAUCAUGUCUUACUCAAUUAUUUAAUUUACUAGGUUCUGAUGCUCGUAAUAAUAUUAUAUUUUGUUUUACUAAUUCUCGAUCAACAUUUUACACACCAGGAAAUACAGCUUCAUUACUGCAACAUAUGAUUUCGUCAUUUUCGAUAAAUGAUAUUCCAUUUCAAAAAAAAAAUACAUUCUGUUUUGAUAAUGAAUCAUUUCGUUAUUUAGUUGCUUUACAAAAUAAAAUUCAAUUUAAUGAUCAUGAAAAACAAGAAUAUAAAAUAAGUUGGUCAAAUUCAGCAAAUGAAGCAUAUAGACUUAUACGUUAUAUUCGUAAAAAACUUAUUCCAUAUAAUAUUCCAAAUAAUUUGGAAUCUAUAAGAUCAGCUGAAAUAGAAAUUGUUCAAAUGAUACAUCCAAUAUUAGAAACAAUACGUAAUAUGCUUCGAAAGAUUAUACGUGGCAAAAUGAAUGUAUUAAGAGUAUCAUUUGAAUCAGAUAUAAAUGAUAGUCCUUCAUAUAAUAAAAUAGAAAAUAAUAAUUAUCAUAUUAAUCAACCUUGUCCUUAUCAACCAUUUUCAAUUGAGUUUUUAGAAGAUUAUAAAAUUAUGAAUAAUUCAUCAAGUCAAAUUCAAAAUGAUAUGAUCGAUCAAUUAACAUUAAUAUGUCAUGUUAAUGUUGAAUUUGCUUAUUUUUUAUUACAUAUUGCUCAUUAUUCACAAAGUGAUCCAUUUUUAAAUGGUUUUUUACGAAUGAUUUAUGAAGAAAAUAUUAUUUGUGAAAAUCGAAAUAGAAAUUAUAUGAAUUUACAAUUAGUUGAAGGUUUAAAAAAAUUAGCAAGUAAUUAUAAACAACGUGUAGAAGUUAUUAAAUCAAAAUCAGAACAAAAUAUUCUUUCAGAUAUUCAUCAAUGGAUUAAAUAUAUGCACGAAUAUCCCUUAAUAUCUGAAUAUAUCAUUGACAUAUCUGAAGAAAAUUUAACAAAUGAUAAUAAAAUAACAUCAAUAUAA